UUUACAAUAUACUGACUAAAAGCUCCUCUGCAUGAAAAGAUCUUUAUAGGCAAAGUUUGCCUUUUCUAGAGAGGUUGCAAAUAGCUGCCCAGUUUCAUAGUUUUAAAACCUCCUGACCGGAGCAAUUUCUAGAUUGUUGUGUUUCUAGUUAAUAACUUUAUAAGGUGUUAGCUAAAGCUCUUAAAUCUUGGCACAGCCCUUUAAGGUAGUAAACAAUUCAGUAGUUCCGAUCAAAUAUUUAUACUGACAAAAUCAAAAAGCCUAGCAUUUUUAUGUUGUAUGGUCAUGUAGGAUUAGAAUAAACAGUGUAAUUUACCUGAUGGUAGGAGAAGUUCUUGUGAUGAUUCUUUUCCUUCAAAUCCAGAAGUAAUAUUUUGAAUGACUCGCUAAACUUCUCAGAAAUCGCCAUUGAGCUUUGAUUCUUUGCUGUUGGGGUUAAUACGUGUCUAAAAUUACAUUUCACUGGGUUGAAAUUUAAGCACUAGCUUGCACAGAGGGCUCUCCCAAGUCGACCCGGGGCUGCUGUUGCCGGCACUCAGCUGCCCAUUCUAAAAGUUAGAGCCUCUGAUCCUGAGGUUGAGCAGUUGCCCAGGUAGAGGCUUUAUCUGGUCUCGGAAGGCGUUUGACGCAAUUUCCCAUUGUCUUCAGGUGAAAUCAGAUGCUACUGUGAUGCUGCCCACUGCGUGGCAACUGGCUAUAUGUGUAAGUCAGAGCUGAGCGCCUGCUUCUCUAGGCUUCUUGAUCCUCGGAACACAAACUCCCCGCUCACCCAUGGCUGCCUGGAUUCUCUCGCAAGCACAGCAGACAUUUGCCAAGCCACACAGGCCCGAAACCACUCCGGCACCACCAUGCCCACAUUGGAAUGCUGUCACGAAGAUAUGUGCAAUUACCGAGGGCUGCAUGACGUGCUCGCCCCUCCCAAGGGGGAGGCCUCAGGACAAGGAAACCGCUAUCAGCAUGACGGCAGCAGGAACCUCAUCACCAAAGUGCAGGAGCUGACUUCCUCCAAAGAGCUGUGGUUCCGGGCGGCCGUGAUCGCCGUGCCCAUCGCCGGCGGCCUGAUUCUGGUGUUGCUGAUCAUGUUGGCCUUGAGGAUGCUCCGAAGUGAGAACAAGAGACUGCAGGAUCAGCGGCAGCAGAUGCUGUCCCGUUUGCACUACAGCUUCCAUGGACACCAUUCCAAAAAGGGGCAGGUAGCCAAGCUAGACUUGGAGUGCAUGGUGCCGGUAAGCGGCCAUGAGAACUGCUGUGUGACCUGUGACAAGAUGAGACAAGCGGACCUCAGCAACGAGAAGAUCCUCUCACUCGUCCACUGGGGCAUGUACAGUGGGCAUGGGAAGCUGGAGUUCGUAUGACGGGGGCUGACCCCGAACCGAAGUUCAUGGGCGCUGGAAAGCUUGGGGUUCUGCUGGACAGGAGCACUUUAUCUGAAGAAAAACGAACUCACGGACUCACCUUCGAGAGACAGAAUGACCUCUGCAAACAGAAUCUUGGAUAUUUCUUCUGAAGGAUUAUUUGCACAGACUCUUUAAAUACAGUCAAAUGUAUUAUUUGCUUUAAAAUGAUAAAAAGCAACGAGAAGACUACGUACACACUGUUACCAGGGUUAUUUGCAUCUGAGCGAGCUGGAAUCGAGUACCUAAAUAAACUAAAAUGUGCUCUGUGUAAGCUCCAACAUCUUGAUUUAUUGUAAAGAUUUAAAAAUAUAUAUAUAUAUAUAUAUUUUGUCUGAAAUUUAGCGGUGUCUUGUCAUAAAUUAAAAACUAAGUGGGAUGCAUAAGAAACUACAUGUUAAUUAUAUAAAUGAAGAUCUGUUGUCGUUCAUAGUAAGGUCUCAACUGCAGGAUUUGGCUUGAUUUUUUUUGUUUUUGUUUUGUUUUGUUUUUUGUUUUUAAACAAGACCAAGAUCUUGUUUAUCCUUACAUGCAUAUUUCUAGUUUUCUUACAAUGUGGAGAAUUUCUAAGUGUGUCCUGCCCAUCGUUCAGUGUCUUACGCACAUGUUUUUGUUAGGUGAAAGCUAAAAACCAGGAUUAUUCUAAGAGAAAUCUUAAACUUCUUUAUACUAGGUCGGAUAUGAUGGAUCAGUGUCUAGAGCUACCUUAUGAGCAAAGGUAAUACUUCAUCAACUUCAUCCAGUUGCUCUGAAAUGCUUUUUAAAAUGUGUCUACCUCCAACCAAAAAAGAAAAACCAAACCAAACCAGCUAAACGCAACUUCCUCUGGUAGUUAAAAUUAGUCACUGUCUACUUUUACUGUUGAUUAAUUUAUCAGUUGGCUUUGUCUCAGACCAGAUUAAAUGUUUUGGAUCCCAGAUUAGCCAAACUUGAUUUUAUCAUGCUCCUAGUUUUCAAACCUUCCUUCACGCAUUUUUUUUUUUCCUUCUCAAUGUUUAGAAAGGGUUUCAGUAGUGAAGAUUAUUUGUAUCAACUGAGAUUUAAAGAACACUAGGGCCCCCUGCUCCCCACAUUGACUUCAGUCACUGAUAAACUAAGUAACAGUGUUUUCACUCCUGCAGGACCUUCUGUCUGGCAACACUGCUCAGCCUGAAUUUAAACCCAUCCUUUUCCCACCAAAUAGGUCUUUGUUAUCCUAAACGUGAGAAGCAUUUGCCAUGUAGGAUUCUUUUUUUUUUUCCGAUUCUUUUGUAUAUUUGAAACUUCUGCUUAAAAAUGAACCUCUAGUCUGCAUAUUUGAGUAUGGGGUUUUCUUUUAUGAGUGUUAAAGGAUUGUGUGUGUGCAUAUUUGGGGAAUUAUUUUAUGAUAAGCAUAAUUUGGGUCCCUUAAGACAGAUGCAGUCGCCAAGGUCAUGGAAGAAUCCGAGUCGAAAUGAUUAGUCUAAAAACGAGUACCUAGAUUAUUUAAUAAUUAUUAGGCCACAGCCCCGUACAAAGUAGGCUAUGGAAUAAAUACACAUUUUAAUAAAUGA